GGCGCGAGCUGGUCUCGUGAAAGCGGAAGUGCAGUGCGCUCGUGUUACAGCACGCGCAACUUCCGUCUGGUUCAAAAAAAGUUUGCACUCUUUUUUUAUUUGGUAAAGUAGGACUGAUCUUCUCUCCGUGGCUGCUGUGAUAGUGACCCGGUAUGGACAUCCAGAGUAUUGAACCAAUGACACUCGGCUCUCCAACCUCCCCCAAGCCUGGGGCUCAGUUUUUACCUGGGUUUCUGAUGGGAGACCUGCCUGCUCCUGUCACACCUCAGCCCAGGUCUUUUGGGUUGACAGGAGGUGGGGCAGAAACAAGGUCUCCUCUUCUGGCUGGUGGGUCUCCUCCACAGCCGGUGGUCCCAACGCCUAAAGACAAGAGUGGAGCCCCUCCAGUCAGAAGCAUCUAUGAUGACCUCAACGGCUCCUGUGUGGGAAUGUCACCUCUUGCUGCUCGCAAGCAACCAUUUGCUGGAGUACACACACCAUUGUCUGGUCUACCAGGGACACCAGGAACCGUAUCUAAUUUGUUUAGCCCUGUGGGGCAGCAGAGGAAGACAACACUUUCCCCAGCUCAAGUAGAUCCAUUCUUCACACAAGGAGAUGCUCUGUCCUCAGAAGACCAGCUAGAUGACACCUGGGUCACAGUUUUUGGAUUCCCUCCAGCAUCUGCAUCGUACAUCCUUUUACAGUUUGCACAGUAUGGAAAUAUAUUAAAACAUGUGAUGUCUAAUUCAGGCAACUGGAUGCACGUUCAGUAUCAGUCUAAACUGCAGACACGAAAAGCUCUCAGUAAAGAUGGAAAGAUAUUUGGAGAAGCCAUAAUGAUUGGCGUCAAACCUUGUAUCGAUAAGAGUGUAAUGGAGAGUUCAGACAAGAGCAUUACUUCCAGUUCUGUGUUCACACCCCCGGUGAAGGCUCCCAGUACCCCCAGUCACCCUCUAUCAACCCCCCGAUCUGUCAUGAGACCCCUCAGUGCUGCUUACAAAGCAUCCAGCAGUGACUACCAGGUUGUCUCAGAUCAACAGACACCAAAAAAGGAUGACAGUUUUGUAUCGAAAGCAAUGGAGUAUAUGUUUGGAUGGUAGUCUUUCACUCAAAGGGUCCUGAUGAAAAAGCUCUGAGACCAUCAACAGCCUCUGAUGUAUUGCUUUAAAAACUGACAUUGGGUUUUCUGAGCACAAGCACUGAGUGAAUACAAAAGCACUUUAUCUCUACUUUUGCGGACUAAUUGACUUUGCGUGCUGUUUUAUGGAAGAUGGACUCUUGAGUGUUUCACAUGGACUGAUUUCAGCUGCUGGGUUUGGAGUUGCAUGCUUUGAAGUUAGUCCCUCCUGUCUGUCCUUAAAAUCAUUCAGAUUUAACAACUUAAUCGUAAGCAUUAAGUGUUUCAGUUCUUAACAAACAUGCCAAAAGAAAUUCUAUUGGAAAGUUAAGAAUCCAAAUCAUGACACGCUCCCUCGUGGGACCCUAUUGUACAAAAUCUGAAUUUCUUGCUUGACAUAAUUCAUGGUUAUGAUCGGCUUUAUAUAUAAGAAUGGAUCUCAUAAGAAUAUCAUUGACACCUACAGCUUUUUGAGAUAAAGGCCUUAAUCUAGGAUUUAACUAUCUUUGCAUUUGGGUUAUAUACUCUGUUUUUAGGCUUUUGUGGGUUUUCACUAACUUUAUCAGUUAUUUUAAUAGGACAGAAUCCAUGUUUUUUUUAGAAAUGUCUGAAUUUGAAGUGCCUUUGUCUCUUUAAUAAACGCUGUAUGACGAGAAA